GUGUCUCUAAUUAGCAGAGUCUGGUGGUGAAGGAACACACUGGACCAAUCUCACCGGGCACGGAGGAAAACGUUGGCCUGUGGCUGUGGCACGAGAAAAGAAACUCAAGGAGAAAGAGAACAAACGCGUUUAAUGCUACCUCCUUAAUUUUUCAAAGUUACAAUUCUGUAACUCUUUUGUUACAUUUUGAAACAACGGGUCAGUAAAGUUUGAGGGUCAGAAACGCACGCCUCUCUAGCCUACCAGCGCGCUCGCUGUGCGCACUUUUACGCAGCAGGUGGAGAGCCCGGGCCCCCGUUACGCGCGGAACGGCUGACAGACGCUCAGAGAGAGGAGUUCAAAGCCUGCGUAGCCAUGAUGUCCUACAUAAAGCAACCUCAUUACACAAUGAACGGGUUAAAUAUGGCUGGACCUGGAAUGGAUCUACUGCAUACGACAGUGGCAUAUCCAUCCACCCCCAGGAAACAGCGUCGGGAGCGCACCACUUUCACUCGCACCCAGCUGGACAUCUUGGAGGCCCUGUUCUCCAAGACGCGCUACCCAGACAUCUUCAUGAGGGAGGAGGUUGCUCUGAAGAUCAACCUGCCCGAGUCACGUGUUCAGGUUUGGUUUAAGAACCGCCGGGCCAAGUGUCGCCAGCAGCAGCAGCAGAGCAGCGGCCAGUCCAAACCGCGGCCCCCCAAGAAGAAGGCCUCUCCCGCCCAGGACCCCGGCCCCGGCGAGGCCAUGGCCAACCCGGCGGGCAACUACAGCCCCUCCCCGCUGCCGACCGGCCCCACCCUGUCCUCCGUGUCCAGCGCAGGCGGGAACGCCGCCGUGUCCAUCUGGAGCCCGGCCAUCUCCCCCCUGCCCGACCCUCUGGCGUCGUCGGCGCCCUGCAUGCAGCGGCCCUCGCACUACCCCAUGAGCUACGGCCAGCCGUCCGCCUACGCCCAGGGCUACGCCGGCACCACCUCCUACUUCACCGGCCUGGACUGCAGCGCCUACCUCUCCCCCAUGCACUCGCAGAUGUCGGGCAACGGGGGCGCCCUGAGCCCCAUCACCGUGCCCUCCAUGGGAGGCUCGCUGAGCCAGUCCCCGGCCUCCCUGUCCUCCCAGGGCUACGGCACCGCCUCGUCCCUGGGCUUCACCUCCGUCGACUGCCUGGACUACAAGGACCAGCAGGCCUGGAAGCUGGGCUUCACCACCAUGGACUGCCUGGACCACAAAGACCAGAACUCCUGGAAGUUCCAGGUGCUCUGAGGAGGGGGGCCGGGGGGGGCGGUGGGCCACCGAAAGGGUUCCUUGGGACAGCAGUGAGAGAUCGAAUCAAAGCCAUUUUACCCCAAGGACUUGUGAUCUUUUGUUAUUUAUUUCGUUGUCUUUUUUCUUUGAAAGAGUAGGUGUUUUUUGUAAAUGGGAAUCCGUUGUCGAGGGUCGUGUGGAUGUGAGUGGAGGGGGCACGCUUUUGAUUUUAGGAUCACUUUAAAGUGAUGCUUUUAGGCCGAUACGGUGUUUGGCUGUCCUCCACAUCAAUCCCCCCCUCCUCACCCCCCAUAAGGCUCUAACAUAUGAACAAAUAAAGCCUUUUAUUCGAUAGAUAUAGGUAUAUAAUGUGAACAGAGGGGGCUCUUCAGGGACUUUAGGGGAAUGCCACUGAAGACAUACUGUUCUUCUCUCGUUACAAAGUAUUAAAAAAAUAUCUUUGGUAAGUGAUGCUUCUAGGCCAAUAUGGUGUUUGGCUUUCAAUUACAUCCCCCCCCCCCCCACCCCCCCGGCUCCACCAUAAGAACAAAUAAAGCCUUUUAUUUGACUACAUAAGGAAUAGAGGAAGAAUGUGUACAGAAAGGGCCCUUCAGGGUUGAUAGGGGAGAGACACUGAAGACAUCCUUUUCUUUUCACGUUACAAGUAUUAAACAGAUAUCUUUGGUUGUUUUUUUGUCUUUUGUUGAAUCGCCUCAGCGUUGUUUUAAUGAGGCAUUGUCAUAGAGUGAGAACACAAGGAGAGGAACUGGCUCCUUUUAGUCCGCUAAUCUUUUUGAGUUUAUUGAUUAUUAUUGUGUUGAUGCUACUAGAUUUACUUUAUUUGUUUUAUUUGGUCACAUUUUUAGAGAGGAUUUUAGAAGCCUGUGUGUUUUUAAGUAUCAAAGGAUUAGCCAGUAUGUCUGAUCAACAUAGUUGGUAACAAAAAAAUAAAACAUAUGUUCAAUGUGUGACAUAUUAAACCUUAAGUCUUGUAAAAACACUUUUGUUUACUACUUCUUAUUGGCAUCGAAAGUGCUUCGAAGUUGAAUUCAAAAGGUUUAACUCCUUGAAUCAUUUUAAUAAACUUUUCUGCUUCUUCUUGA